GUUUAACUAAAAAAUGUCCUAUUUUCUGCCGCAUCUACCAACUGGCUGGCACGUCGAUCAAGCGAUACUAUCAGAAGACGACAGAGUGGUCGUCAUACGCUUCGGUAAGGACUCAAACCCUGAUUGUAUGGUCAUGGACGAGACACUCUAUAAUAUUUCUGAGAGAGUUGCAAACUUUGGUGUGAUUUACCUCUGCGAUAACACACUCGUACCGGAUUUUAAUAAAAUGUAUGAACUCUACGACGAUGUAACAGUCAUGUUCUUCUACAGAAACAAACACAUUAUGAUCGAUCUUGGAACCGGUAACAAUAACAAGAUAAAUUGGCCGAUGGAUAGUAAGCAAGAAAUGAUAGACAUAAUAGAGACAGUCUACAGGGGCGCCUCUAAAGGACGUGGUCUAGUUGUAUCGCCUAAAGACUACUCGACACGUUAUAAGUAUUAAGUUCAUGCAUGUAUUAUUAGUUAUUAGCAGCUUUCCGUUGUAUAUCCUUUCGCACUUUGCGCUUUUGAGCACCCUCACCCACCGCGACUUCAUUUGUGAUGUAGGGGACAUUCGCGUAGUCGAUAUCGCGGUCGGUCCAGUCGAUAAGGCUGCAUACUGGCAAAUCGACCUUACCUUUCAUUAGGACGUUCACGCGGCGACAUAAUGUGACAUCUAGUGGUGUUAAUAUUUGUAAUUGAUUGGCAUUACUGUCGAUUGCACGUAUGAGACCAUAUCCCAAAACCCUUGAUUGUUUGAAAGUUGUCAGAUCAUCUCGUCGAAGUAGCUCCCCAUUGUUAUCUACAUUCUCGCCGCCUUCGACGAGUGCGACAACGGUGGCAUUCAACGCCAUUAAUGUGUGUUUCAGAGCGACAUCUUCGCCAUCGAUGAUAGAAACAUACGACAGAUCAUCACAGUAGUCAACGCAGAGUGGAACCAUAUGCGUCAACGGCAAGCUGAAAUCCCAACUAAGAUUAUUCUCUUGGAUCUUGGAAUGGAAAUAGGUCGACAUCAUCAGGUUUCUAUAGUCAGCUGAAUGGUAUCUGUUCAACAUGGGAUUCUCAGCUGUUGCAAUUGCAUCUAUCUUGAUAGUCGACUCAUCAUCUUUACGCUCGUUAUCUUCUUCAGAUGGUUGUUCGACGAAUGCUGACAUCUCCACAAGGUUGUACGUGCCUGCAGCUGCGAGUAUACCCUCAAGCAAUUCUGCUCCAAGUCCUUUUAUCCAUCCUUGUGUGUUGAUAACAAGCGGAAUCGGGGUAUAAUCGCCAUCUUCGCUGAGUGAAUGAGCAAUAUGACUAUGAUAAUGCUCGAUAAGGUCCUUGAUCGCAUCUACAUAGUUAGAUGGGUCAUUUACGGGUGACACAUCACCAAUAAAGUGCGCUUUUGCGGGUAUACGCGGGUGAGUAAAUGCAGGGCCU